CGCCAGGCAAGGGUCCCACAUGGUGCACAGACCUCUCCUGCCACCCGCUGCUCCCCUCAGCAGUGUACUUCGUCAGUCUGCCUGCUCUGCUCUCCCCUCUGGCUCUGGUGAAUUCUCUCACCCUCCCGUGCUUCUGACGGUACCCAGUCCUUGUAUUAAUAAAUAAAUAAAUCUUUAAAAAAAAAAAAUAAGUGGCCAGUGGUGCCUCCGUGUUUCUGUCUUUCCCACGUGUGCCUCAGCUCCCCAUCCCUGGGGGGAUGCGGUUCCCUCUAGGUGGUACUUUCCUCUCAAAGGCCUGGAUACCACUGUGGCUCCAGAGACCUGUGACCUUGGAAGACCAGUUUUCUGCCGUCUCCAUACUCAGUAUAUAAGGGUAGAGCAUGGGCAGGAUAAGCACACAAUUUUCUCAUUUGAAAAAGGAAAUAAUAAGGAAAAGGAUCACUGGGAGUAUCCUUGCAUGGCAAUCUGGCAGUCCUGUAAUUACCCAAUGAGGUUUCUCAGAGGCUUCUAUCUGGGAGUGGGAAACCUUUGAAAAGCCCUGCAUUCUGUACCCUGCUAGAGCCCACCUUUUUCCCCGGACCAUCCUUCCUUCCUUCUUGUCUACACUGGCCUCAUUAGGUGAAAACCUUUUAUAAUGUACACUUUUCAGAAGGAUGUCCACUCCAGGGCAGAGUAGGUUAUACCAGCCUUUAUUCCCCCCAGUUUGUCAGCUUCUAGGGGCAAAAUGGUCCUGAAGGCCUCAAGAGUCCAGUUAAGAACCUAAAGAAAGUUGGAUCAGAAGAAUGGAGAAGAACCGCAUGGAAAGGACAACCUGGGAGAUCCCAAAAUCCCCAGCGGCCGGCUCAGCAGAGGCCCACAGUUGGCUUUUCUGUUGAGGAGUCCGUGGCAGCUGGCAACUUCUCUCAUGGUGGAUCUCGUGGUGUUCAUCAGGGCCACUCAAGCAGCCUGCUAUGAAGCGAACACAGGAGUUUUCAUCGCUGAUGGGAUGGUGACCUUUGAGGACGUGGCCGUGGCCUUCACCUGGGAGGAGUGGCAGGACCUGGACGACGUUCAGAGGACCCUCUACAGGGACGUGAUGCUGGAGACCUACAGUAGCCUGGCAUCCCUAGGGCACUGCGUGACCAAACCUGAGGUGAUCAUCAGGUUGGAGCAAGGAGCAGAGCCAUGGACUUUAGAAGGGCCCCGACAUGAGAGGCUGUCAGAUAUCCAGGCUGUGGAUGAUGUGAUUGAGAUCAACCAGAAAAACCAGAGCAGACAUUCGUGGCAAAUUGAAGCCACCACCAACAAAACAUCAACUAAGGAGAGAACUGACUUAGGAAAAACAUUUAAUUUGAGCUCAAUCCAUAUUUCAAGACUGAUGACAAAUUAUGAAACCUAUUCGGGAAUAACACCUCAGGAGUUGACUGCAAAUGAGAACAUAUUUCUUCCUGGUGACCCUGAUGUGAUUCAUGCUGGAGAGAAACCUGAGGGCCGGAAUACAGCUGCAAAGUCCCUCCAAUAUCCUGAGAAUCCUGGUUUUCAUCGGGUGAUUCAAACUCUACAACAGCCUUUUGAAUUUAUUGGACCAAAGAAAACCUUCAACAAGGAUGCAAUCUUUACACACACUUUACACACACUCCCACACACUCUUGUGGGAAACACUACCUGUAAAUAUAAUGAAUUUGGGAAAGUCUUUGAUAAAUCAGUCCUCAUUGGCCAAGAGACAACUAAUAUUGGGGACACUCAGUACAGAUGGAACAAAUGGGAUAAAACCUUUUCUGAGAAACCAACACAGCUGAACCUUCAUAGAGCUUUUUUCCUGGAGGAACACCAUAAAUCUAAUCAAAGUGGGAAUAAUCUCAGUAAGAAGUUAUACCUCACUCAGUUCCAGAGAUCUCAGUUAGGAAAGAAACCUUUUGACUGUAACGUACUGGGCAAAACUUUCUAUAAAAUAUCUAAUCUUAAUAAACAUAAAAUAAGUGCUAGAGAGAAAUCCUACAAAUGUGUAGAUUGUAGGAAAACUUUCUACUGCAAAUCAGACCUCACUGUGCAUCAGAGGACGCACACAGGAGAGAAACCUUAUGAGUGCAAAGAAUGUAGGAAAAGUUUCUCACAGAAGUCAGCUCUAACACUACAUCAGAGAAUUCACACAGGAGAGAAACCCUAUGAAUGUAAAGAGUGUAGGAAAAGUUUCUCGCAGAAGUCUGCACUCACUGUACAUGAGCGAACUCACACAGGUCAUAAACCCUAUGAAUGUAAAGAAUGCAGGAAAACAUUCUACAAUAAAUCAGGCCUUACGGUACAUGAAAGAACUCAUACAGGCGAGAAACCCUAUGAAUGUAAAGAAUGUAAGAAACCUUUCACCCAGAAGUCAUCCCUCACUAUACAUCAGCGAAUUCACACAGGAGAGAAACCUUAUGAGUGUAAAGAAUGUAGGAAAACUUUCUACUACAAGUCUGCCCUCAGUUAUCAUCAAAGAACUCACACAGGAGAGAAACCUUAUGAGUGUAAAGAAUGUGGGAAAACUUUCUACUGGAAGUCAGUCUUUAAUAGACACAACAGAACUCACACAGGAGAGAAACCCUAUGAAUGUAAAGAUUGUAGGAGAUCUUUCUAUCAUAAGUCAGCUCUCACUGUACACCAGAGAAUUCACACAGGAGAGAAACCAUUUGAAUGUAAAGAAUGUAUGAAAUCUUUUUACCAGAAAUCUGCCCUCACUGUACACCAGAGAAUUCACACAGGAGAGAAACCCUAUGAAUGUGAAGAAUGUAGGAAAAGUUUCUACCAGAAGUCAGACCUUAGUAAACAUCAGAGAAGUCAUAUAGGAGUGAAACCCUAUGAAUGUAAAGAAUGUAGAAAAACCUUCUCCUGUAAGACAAAUCUCACUCUACAUCAGGAAAGUCAUACAGGAGAGAAAGUCCUAUGCAUGUAAAGAAUGUAGGAAAACUUUCUCCCGGAACCAGUCCUUGAGAGUUUCCAGGAAAUUCACACAGGAGUUUCACCUGUAUCAUCUAUGAUGAUACAGAAUAAAAAUGUUCUUCACAUGUCAGUCUAGUGUAAAUUAGGAAAUCAUGCAUGGGAAUUAUAUGAUGGAGACUUAACUUGUUCACAAAAUGUAUUCUUGUUGGUAAACUGCCUUUCUCAGCCUCCCUUUACCAUGGUUAGGCCCUGGAACUUAGCUCUGACCAGGAGAAUAUGAAAACAAGGGAUGGCAAAAAAUAUGUGCAUUCUCCCAGCUUUUUUAUUCCCUUUGGUUUGUCUUGGGAGCCAUCAGAUGAGGACUGCCCCCUAAUGUAAGCCAGGAUCAAGGAUUAGGGAGAGCAGUCUUCCAGAUUCUACCUCAACAAUCUCCAUUUAUACUUUUCUUCGGACUGAGAAAUAAAUACUUGGUAUGUUAAGCCCUUCCAUGUGUGAUUUGUUUACAACAUAACCAGUUCAUUGUGGGCAAUUUUCUUGAUCAAUUUGGGACAAACGUGUAGAAAAUUCACCCAGGAAAGAGCUGUAUUCACGUUUUUCACCCUCAAAUUAAUUGAUGGAAAAGUCAAGUCUAAGCAAGAAUUGAAUGAGUAUAAAGUGAAGCCUUAUAAAGAUCUUUGAUUUGCCAGUUUCCAACAUAAUGCUACCUUCAUGCAUUUCAGAGUCUAUAAUGAAUC